AUGGGGCUGUUUGUGCCGCGGGGGGAGCAAGACUACCGAGACACCGAGUCCCUAACUGGACAGACCCUUCACUUAGCAACACCCCGAAACCUUUUGGCACUCAGACACUUUGUGAAAGAGACGGGCACCUCCAAAAGGUGGUAUCAGUGUAACGCCCGGUCUGCGCCUAAUCUCGUUUGUUCUGUUUCUGUCACAGGCGGUCCGGGGGAUGCCGUGCGUCUCAGCUGCGCCUGCGCUGUGGGGCUGCUGAGCCCCCUGAACGCCCCGGCUCGCGGCUGCGCCCCUGCCCACGCCGUGUACCUGGCCUUCAGAGCCCAGGGCUGCUGGACCGUGGGGCCCGAGCGCGGCUGCUCGGGGGCCCGAGCGCCGUGGGCCCCCGCCCCCACCAGCCUGGUGGUCCCGGGGCCGCGGUUCCUCCCCACGCGCUGCUGGCACUCGUCGCCCCCGCUGUGCGAUGACUCCGUGGUGGAGAAGUCCCUCAAGUCCCUGAAGGACAAGAACAAGAAGCUGGAGGAGGGCGGCCCCGUGUACAGCCCCCCGCUGGAGGCGGCCGUGAAGAAGUCCCUGGGCCAGAGGGUCCUGGACGAGCUGAGGCACUACUACCACGGCUUCCGCCUGCUCUGGAUUGACACCAAGAUCGCGGCGCGCAUGCUCUGGCGGGUCCUCCACGGCCACAGCCUGACCCGCAGGGAGCGCAGGCAGUUUCUCCGGAUAUGCGCUGACCUCUUUCGCCUGGUGCCCUUCCUGGUCUUUGUGGUCGUGCCCUUCAUGGAGUUCCUGCUUCCUGUCGCCGUGAAACUCUUCCCCAACAUGCUGCCGUCCACGUUCGAGACCCAGUCCAUCAAGGAGGAGAGGCUGAAGAAGGAGCUGCGGGUCAAGCUGGAGCUGGCCAAGUUCCUCCAGGACACCAUCGAGGAGAUGGCCCUGAAGAACAAGGCAGCCAAGGGCAAUGCCACCAAAGACUUCUCCGUGUUUUUCCAGAAGAUCCGAGAGACCGGUGAGAGACCCAGCAAUGAGGAGAUCCUGCGUUUCUCCAAGUUGUUUGAGGACGAGCUGACCCUGGACAACCUGACGCGGCCGCAGCUGGUGGCCCUGUGCAAGCUGCUGGAGCUGCAGUCCAUCGGCACCAACAACUUCCUGCGCUUCCAGCUCACCAUGAGGCUGCGCUCCAUCAAGGCCGAUGACAAGCUGAUCGCAGAGGAAGGUGUGGACAGCCUGAACGUCAAGGAGCUGCAGUCGGCGUGUCGGGCCCGAGGCAUGCGGGCCCUCGGGGUCACGGAGGACCGUCUGCGGGAGCAGCUGAAGCAGUGGCUGGAGCUGCACCUGCAUCAGGAGAUCCCCACGUCCCUGCUCAUCCUGUCCCGGGCCAUGUACCUCCCAGACACCCUGUCGCCCGCUGACCAGCUCAAGUCCACGCUGCAGACGCUCCCGGAGAUUGUGGCAAAGGAAGCGCAAGUGAAGGCGGCCGAGGUGGAGGGCGAGCAGGUGGACAACAAGGCGAAGCUGGAGGCCACGCUGCAGGAGGAGGCAGCCAUCCGGCAGGAGCAUCAGGAGGAGGAGCUGCGCCGGCUCUCAGAGGCGGUGAAGGAAGCGGAGCCAGAGGUGACGACAGAGGCCGCCCCUGGGAGGCCUGUGGCCGAGCUGCAGCCAGAAGUGCCUGAGGCGACCCUGCCGGCCGAGGUCCUGAAGGACCCCGCCCCCGUCCUGGAAGGCUCGAAGGAAGAGGAAAUAACGAAAGAGGAGAUCGACAUAAUCAGCAACGCCUGCUCGAAGCUGAAAGAGCAGAAGUCGUCCCUGACCAAGGAGAAGGAGGAGCUGGAGCUGCUGAAGGAGGACGUGCAGGACUACAGCGAGGACUUGCAAGAGAUCAAGAAGGAACUUUCAAAGACGGGCAAAGAGGUCUUUGUGGAAGAGUCUAAAGCCAGCAAGAGGCUGACGAAGAGGGUCCAGCAGAUGAUCGGGCAGAUAGACGCCCUGCUGGCGCAGCUGGAGACGGGCCAGCAGGCCACCGAGGGCCCGCCUGCAGGGGAGACCGUCAUCAGUGUCACCGAGCUCAUCAGUGCCAUGAAGCAAAUCAAGCACAUUCCGGAAAACAAGCUCAUCAGCUUGGUCUCGGCACUGGAUGAAAAUAAGGACGGCAAGGUCAACAUCGAUGACCUUGUCAAGGUGAUCGAGCUGGUGGACAAAGAAGACAUUCACAUCUCCACCAGCCAGGUGGCCGAGAUUGUAGCCAUGUUGGAAAAGGAGGGGAAGGUGGAGGAGAAGGAGAAGGCCAAGGAGAAGGCUGAGAAGGAGGCCGCCGAAGUGAAGAAUUAGGGGCCGCCUGCUCACGGGCACCUCGGGGCCUGGGCCGGGUCUGCCUCCAUGCCCGUGCCGGCUGCUGCGGUCCUGCUCCGCCAGCGACGGCUUUGAGGUGAUCGUUAGUGACAAAUCUAAUAUUUUGUCUGGAAUAAAUCAGAAACUUCCAUAAUCAAGUGAUUUUUAAUUUUCAUCAUUCCAUGAAGAUCCAUUCAGUCUGGAGGCCCCGAACCCCUCCGGGGACCCGUGUCUGGAUCCCGCAGUGGCGGCCUCCUGGCUCCGAGGUGGGCCCGGCCGGACGGGGGCAGGGCGGUGCCUCGCCGAGCGAGCUGGACCCCGUGGCGCCUGCCCCAGGAGGAGAAGGGCCCGGCCGUGCGCACAGGGACGAGAUGCCCGCGGCCCUCUCGGCCCGGGGAAGACGUCGUGCCGGUGGUCAGGCUGCGGACUCCGGUUCCCGACUGGGCGUUCAGAGCACCGAUCGGCGCACACUUCCAGCAUCGUCUCUGUAAUGACGGGGACCCCGCGGCCUCCGAGAAGCAGCUCUGCGGCAGGAGCGUCGUGCCUUGUGCGCGCCCCCUGUCGGUGCGCGUCCACCCCUGCCUGACGGAGCCUUUGACCCUCUGCCCGCGUGUGGAUCGUGUGGGGACAGGCGCUAACGAAGCUGUGACAAUGCAGCGUGUCCAUUCAGCGAGUGAUCACACUGUCGCGGCUUUUACAGUAUCCCGACUUGGGUCGUUAGCGCCUCGUCGCCCGUCGGGGAUCAGAGCAGGUCCCACUGUGUGUCCGGCUGGGCUCUGUGCGCCCUUCCCCCUGCUGCUGCCCUCACUCCCCCCCCCCCCCCCGCCCGACACGCAGGCCACCGGCUGUGCUCCGGGUCCUGAGGUGGCGCGUCCUGGGGACCCCGGUGUGGGUCUGCGUCGCCUGGCCUGGUGUGCCCCUGGGGGGAGUGGGCGGCCUCCGUGGGCUCGGCACCAGCCCUGGCAUCUGGCCGAGUCGGCACCCGGCAGCUCGGGCGGGUGGGGCUCGGUGGGCUGAGUGAGGCCGGGUGGCCCGUGGUCCCGGCCCUGUGGUGCUGCUCCUUCAGAGGCUGGGUCCGUCCAGGAAGCACGUUCUUCGGGAGGCGCAGGCGCAGGAGGUGGGCGCACGGGCCGCAGCGGCCGGGCCCCGCACCGCGGCCUCUCCGUGACCUGAAGCUUUUCGUCCAGCCGUCACAAGAGGAAACUUGACAAAAUAGGAACACAAUUACGGAUCGUCAAAUGUAAACCUUUGUAAAGCAGCAGUUGGGUUCUAAAGGGUUUUUAUGUCAGUCAUUUGAGAAAGAAAUACAUAAAUUCUAGAUGCUUAGUAUUUAUGAUCGAACCACCGUACACUCCCCGCAGUAGCGGGUUUUCAGCCGUAGGGAAGGUGCAUGUGUGGGGCCUGGGGUUGCCCGCGUGCCCCGUGGGUGGCGGCGGUCUUUCCCGUGGGCACUGUUUUGGGGCCCGGCCAGCCACGGCCACCUCUUGUCCUCAGCCUCGGCGCCCCAGGCGUCCCCGUGGGUGCUGUCCCCCUGGCCUGCGUCAUCUGCACUGUCACCCCUGGGUGCUGCGGGGCCUCUCGAAUCCACACGGGCCUGACCCGCCGCGGGCACCAUCAGUGUUGGCGAAGUCAGCCGUGGGCUCCCCUGUGCCCCGUGGGCUUUUUCCUGCCCUGAAUGUCACUGGCUGCCGGGUGUGGGCAGCCUGAGUGCCAGGGCCAGCCUCCCUGCCCCGGAGGGGGCUCCUGCGUCUUCGGAGGGGCGGGGGCUGCGGCUACUUGAAAAUGAAAUGGGAAUUCCUAGCACGUGCCCCCUCUUUCCCUGCGCCUGAAUACCCACUCUUCUGGUUGGGGCUCCGGAAAUUGCCCGGGGCUCCUAGAGCCCUUGUGGAAUGUCAGAAUCAGACGUUGUAAGUGGAGGGCACUUUGUAAGUUUUGAAGAAGCGGCAGGCGGUGGCUCUCACAGCUCGGCCCUGGGGUCCUCAGGGCCGCAGCCAGCUUUGAGCUCUGUCUCCGUGUGUCCUGGGGUCCCAGGGCCCGCGCCACUGACAACCUUCCUCCUGGGCUGUGUAUAAACAUCCUUUGUAGAAAUACGGUUUUUGUUAAAUGUGAAAUUACUGCUCCCGUAACAGCUCAAAAGUAAGGUCUUUGAAUCAUGGGACACCUCAGGAGUCAAGGUGGCAAAUGUCAGGGUUGUUGCAGCAUCUGCCUUUGUGACAGCGUUGUGCCCUGCGGUCUGGCCCUGCCUUUGCAGUGGAAGGGGGUGGCAGGUGGCCGUGCGUGUGGAUGUGCUGCGUGAGGCCAGAUUCCAGAUGGAGCUCCGGCCCUGGCCUGGGGUGUCCGCUCGUCUUGGGACAGCGUGCCUCCGUGUCCCGCCAGCCUGUGCACCCAGGCUGAUCCCUGUGGUGGGGACUAGACACUGAAUUUGAUGUAAGCAGAAGGUUUAAUAAAGCGCUGUCUCCAUGA